GUCGGCUUUAGCAUCGUCCAUUACUGGCUGGUUGCUGUACCAUAGCUACACUAUCAAAAUCCCAUUGAUCGCUGUAGCAUCUGUAGAGCGUCAGUGUCUCUAGCAAGCAAUGAAACUCGCUGAAUCAAGUGAUCUCAUGCACGAGGCGACUGCGUUGUUCUACAAGUCUUUUGACAUCAACCAAGUUUUUGAAUUUGUUAUGUCUUUUAUUGCCUUUAAAUAUAAGGCAGAGUUGGAAGACGUAUCCGACGCCUCGCUCAAGCAGCACAUUAUCGAACAACGACUGCCUGCUGCUUUUGAGGAUUGCGGAAUUAUGGAACUGGUUCACAGCGUUUUGGCCGAGAUGGGUGUUACCUCACUCCUUAGCCGUCUCGAGAACGAGCGAAAAUGUCUUGUAUCCGAGGUUAAUAAGUCGAAAAACAGACUUGACCGUGUAAUCUCGGAGCUUACCACUUACCAAGUCAACUCAUUCGGCCGUGUUGUUUUUAUGUUCGAUAAUCGAAUCAUAGACUUAGCGAAAGAAGACGAGGACUUGGAAGUCAUUGAAGCGCCCACGCGUUCAACUAAUGCGCCCUUCGAACAAGGUCCGAAGUCCACUUGGCGAACAUUACAACCUUCUGAGCUGCUUAUUGGCAUCAAACUCACAACUGGUCAACCCGUGUUAUGUCGCAAGGGUGGUGAAACUUGGUUCCCCGGACGUGUCGCAUUAUGCCUACCACAACCCGCAGGAUUAGGGUCAGACGAUUGUCGAACCGGGACCGCGAAUGGAGGGGGAAAUUCUGCCUUCUAUAAAGUCAAUUUGGAUGCGGCUCCUGGCAGCAAAUCAGAGCAAUGCAAUGCAAACCCAGCCUCGCUGGCUAUCGCUGUCUCGGCCUUCGACCUCAAGCAAAGGUACCCUGUUGGUGCACGGGUUGUGUCUAUUUACAGAGACGAGAAUAAUGGCAUCGGCUAUUAUUCCGGUUUGAUCGCCGAACCGCCCAGUGAAAGGAAUGAUCAUCGAUAUUUGCUCUUCUUCGACGACGGCUACACGCAAUACUCUCCUCCAACCGAGAUUUACCGCAUAUGCUAUCAGUCCAAGGAGAAUUGGCGAGAGGCCAGUGAAGGUUCGCAGGAAUUCAUCAAACGAUACUUGGCGCAGUAUCCUCAGCGCCCAAUGGUUCGUCUCAAGCCAAGUCAAACAAUCGAGACUGAACUAGAUGGCAAGUGGAUACAGGCCAUCGUUGACAAGGUGGACGCCAGCCUUGCUCUCAUCCGUUUUUCACCCACCCACAGUGAAUGGAUUUACCGUGGCUCAACUCGGUUGGAACCGCUUUUCUCUGAUUUGAACCCAUUAACAGAGUUGGUUAGUCGCACUCACAAUCAACGGUUGGAAGUCGAGUAUGGCAACGUGGAUGCGUCUCUCACUGACAAAUCCAAGUCACGAAAGGCAAGGAAAUCUGCAACUGGCAAUAGAGAACAACCAGAAAACCGUUUGCUUCGAUCCAGAACUUCAGUCGAUGGGCGUUCGUCAAACCUUAGAGGUUCUGUUGGUACUCGCCCAGAUUCUGGAGAAUUAGAAUCGUCCGGGACUAUUGUGGCUUACUUGGAUUCUCUGAUAAGCAAGCUUGUUCAGAAAGAAUACGUGCCACACAAAUGUAGUUCAAACUGCUUGGUUUUCUGCAUACCACCUUCCACGGAGCCAGUGUCUGAGAACCCAUUGGACUACAAGGGUCUGAAUCCUCUCGAAAUUCCUUUCCAUGCCGGUUGGCUUAGGUACAUGCUCGUUGGCUAUCCGAACGACUUUGGUAGGCAGUUCAUCAUUUACAACGCCCCUUGUGGUCGGCAGCUACGAUCGCUUCACGAGGUUCAACACUUUCUUGAUCGGACCAAUAGCAAACUGACCACAGAUCUGUUCUCCUUCGACCCUGACCUAUGUAUCAAUAGUGAAUUCCGCGCUGAAAAAUCUUUAACCAACAUCGCGGAUAUUUCUUACGGUAAAGAAAAUGUUCCCGUUCCUUGUGUGAACAGUGUUGACAACGAAGUUCCUGGCUACAUUGAUUACAUUCCCCAUCGGCAACCGAUAGGCAAAGUGCCGUUACUCACUGACGACAGUUUCAUCGUGUGCUGUGACUGUACGGACAAUUGCAGAGACAGAGCUAAAUGUGCUUGCCAACAGCUAACUGCUGAGGCAAGUUCGCUCACUAACCCAACCGGGUUAGUUGACGCUCAAGCCGGCUACCGUUAUCGUCGUCUUUCGCAGUUCACCGUUGGCGGCAUUUACGAAUGUAACUCAAAGUGUUCGUGCGAUCGCCGUUGUAGCAACCGCGUCGUGCAACAAGGAUUAUGGGUCCGACUACAGGUUUUCAAAACCAGUCGAAAGGGCUGGGGCAUCCGAGCUCUGAAUGCCAUCCCGAAAGGCACUUUCUUGUGCACCUACGCGGGCGCAAUAUAUGACGAAAGCAUGGCUGUGCAGGAAGGCUUUGAUUAUGGCGACGAGUAUCAGGCGGAGCUGGAUUAUAUCGAAACUGUGGAAAAAGAAAAAGAGGGCUAUGAAUCAGUGACAGAAGAGCCUAAGGAUUUCGAUUAUGAGAGUAUAAUAUCCAAACUGCCGUCAAAGUCUCAGUCAGAGACGUGCAUCACUGACCUAGAGAAAAAGUGGAAAAAGAAGUCAACGAGUCACAAAUCCGAAGUUGAUUCAGAUAGCCGCUUUGAUAGCAAUAGCAUUGUAUCCUCUCUGUCUGAGAGCACCGCUACCGAGGCAGACGAUGAUCGCGCCAGCCGUUGCAGUGACUACAGUUGCGCUUCCUCUAGGAAAAACGUUGUUUCUACUGCAAAUGCUUCUAAAGAACCCGAGGAGUGUGAAAUUUUCACAACCCCUAAGCCAGAGAGUGAAAUGGCCAACUCAAACGCUACCCCGGCUUCUGAUGUCGUAUCUGUUGCUUGUGUAACAGUUACAGAUGUGCUGCACACCACUGAUGGCCAGUUAUCUCUUCCUUCUACUUCUUCGUUGCAUCCGGAUACACAAUCAUCUGAUUGCCGCGGUGACACCGAUGUUGUCUUACAGCACAGUGGAGAAACAACCGGGCUCAACUUUAACGACGCCACAUGCUGUUGCACAGCUGCUGAAAACAACAAACAACAGUCUGCUCACCGGCAUAGUCCCCAGGUAUCCAAGGAUUGUUCAUCUGUAAUCAUUCCCGACGACUGUGGCUCGACCAGUAACCCUGGGGCUCCUAAGAAAAAGUCAAUUCAUGUCAGAACCUUCAAUGAAAAUGACUACACUGAGGAUACAUCUCAGCAGGUCUCAGUGGCGGUGACACCCAUUUCGGACAAGGAAGCAAUGUCCGCCGAGACGCUGCCACAUCACUCAGAUGUGAACUCAUUGAGCCCGUCACCGGAGGAGACUGCAACCGGAAAUACGCAGCAGACUCACAGUGGGACCUCGUUAUUUUCCGUGCCUGAGGAAUUUGCUUCUCUCAACAUCACAGCCGAUAUGGAUUUCAGCCGGACAUUAAGAGUUGAAUUGACUCGAAUAUCUGCGCCGAAAACCGCAAAGCCGAUCUCUCCUCUCUUCACUGUCAGACGUCUGAGGUUGCGGAAGCGUAAGUGUGGAAGGUACCGGUUGCGUUUGAGCAAAAGAGUUCAAGCCAGGAUGAUGCGGGGAGCAGUAAAAUCACUGUUGCAAAGUUCUGCGUCUGCGGACUCAUCACCCGCUGAAAGAAAGGAGUUCAAGAAUCCUCCGAAUCCCCAACCUCCGCUGACACUUAAAUUAUUACGUUCCCGCUCCCAAACUUCGUGCAUUUAUUCCGUUUCAAGCGUCUCAUCUGUAAGACGCAGAGGCAAGUUGGAGCGGUCCAACGACAGUGGUCCUGAUAAAGUCAGCAACGAAAGUGCACCGGAGAGACGACCCCUCAGCCGGAAGACUUCUUUCAACAAACCACCAGACCCACGUACCUCUGCAGCUCCGGUUAAAAAUUCCGAGUCGGCCUCGGUCUACUCACAGGAAGGACCACGUUCACAUUUGCACUCGCACCGCCACAAGUGUCACUCCCAAUCGCGGCGUUUCUACCCAGUGGCACAACCAGGUUGGCUACCAGCGAGAACCUAUUUCAAAGACGAGAAUCCGUAUAUUAUGGAUGCCAAAAAGAUGGGAAAUCUGGGCCGUUACUUUAACCACUCUUGUAACCCCAAUGUUUUUGUACAGAAUGUGUUCAUUGACAGUCAUGAUCCAAGAUUUCCUGAAGUUGCAUUUUUUACAAAGAGGAAUAUCGCAGUCGGUGAGGAGAUGACGUGGGAUUAUGGUUACACGGUCGAUGCUGUUCCAUUUAAAGUUCUUUAUUGCUAUUGUGGCGAGCCUAAUUGUCGUAUCCGCUUGUUGUGAUGCGUUUGACCACUUGAGAUCAAGCGUUCACUGUUUCAUUUUCCACCACUGGCGCAACCACGCGGUCUUUUCCAAUGUUUACUUCUCUCUUGUAUUUACAUCCUGUCAUCGUUGCCUUGCGCUCUUCUUCAUAUUGGGUAUGCAUCUUUUUACUAUCUUUGUUUCUCUUUGCACCACGAUUGCGGCCACUGAAUUCAACUACACCUGCGUG